GUUGGACAUAGGAGUGGCAUUGAAAACCUGUGGUGUUGUUUUAUUAUUGCAUGUGUGUGUGAACUGUACUUAGCUUGACAAGAAAACACUAUAGGGGAGGACUAGCUUUCACUAGCUUCAUGUAAUUUCCUACAAAACCCUAAGCAACCACAGUGUAAAAGAAGACAAAGUGAAGCAAAAGAAGAAAAUCAAUUCUGAGUUCACUUUCCUUCCUGCCAAGACUUAUAUAAUGAUCUUGCAUUACCCAAUCUACCUUAGCUUACCUUCUGUCUCCAAAGUAGAAACCUUUGCCCUCAGUUUUUAACUUUCCAAAACCAAUUCAACCUGUUUUUAAAGCUAGCUCCAAAAUGGAAGCUUUCCAUUCCCAGAUUGGCAUUCCCUUUCCAUAUGGCUUUCCUACCACAGUAAUGAACAUACGCAGUAGGACCAGUAGCAGUGCAAAUCACAUUCUUUCCAGCAGCACUUGGAGGAUGGACAGUAGAGUUUGGAGCAGGCUCCCUCAUAAGCUGAUUGAUAGGAUCAUUGCCUUCCUCCCCCCACCGGCUUUUUUCCGUUCAAGAUCAGUCUGCAAGAGAUGGUACAGCCUUCUCUUCUCCAGCAAGUUUCUUGAAUUAUAUCUCCAAGUUUCUCCACACUGCCAUUGGUUCAUAUUCUUCAAACACAAGAGCUUGAAGACCUACAUUUCUCAUAGCAGCAAUAGGGAUGAUGGCUCAGAGAGGGAGACAUAUGAAGGCUACCUGCUUGAUCCUCAGACACUCACAUGGUACCGCUUUUCUUUCCCCUUCGUCCCGACGGGGUUUUAUCCCGCCACUUCCUCCGGUGGAUUGAUCGGAUGGGUUUCGUAUGAGGCGGGCUCAAAGAACAUCCUCUUAUGCAAUCCUCUCAUCGGGUCGCCAUCUUUGGUCCCGAUUGCCCCGACUUUAAGGCCUAGGCUUUUCCCUUCAAUUGGAUCCAACAUCACAAGCUCUUCAAUAGACCUGGUGGUGGCCGGAGAUGACUUGACAUCUCCUUAUGCAGUCAAGAAUCUAACAACAGAGAGCUUCCACGUGGACACAAAUGGGUUUUACUCCAUAUGGGGAACCACUUCUGCUCUCCCAAGACUGUGCAGCUUUGAAUCAGGCAAUAUGGUGUUCGCGGGGGGGAGAUUUUACUGCAUGAAUUCCAGCCCAUUCAGCGUCCUCUUCUACGGCAUUUCGUCGAACACCUGGUGCAAAAUCCAACCCCCAAUGAGGCGGUUCUUGCGCUCGCCGAGCUUAGUGGAGAGCGGAGGACGGCUGAUCAUGGUUGCUGCGGUGGAGAAGAGCAAGCUGAAUGUGCCAAGAAGUCUGAGGAUGUGGGCCCUCCAGGACUGUGGGACCACGUGGGCGGAGAUCGAGAGGAUGCCUCAACAGCUCUAUGUGCAGUUCACAGGAAUGGAGAAUGGGAAGGGGUUCAACUGUGUAGGCCAUGGGAAUUUUGUGGUGAUAACUAUCAAGAAUUCAGACAAGGCUAUGCUGUAUGAAUUCAAGUCCAAGAAGUGGGUGUGGGUCCCUCAUUGCCCCUUUGUUCAUCAAGUUUCAUCCUCACGCGGCGGCGGCGGUGCCGGCGGAGGUGGAGGAGUUGAGCUGCAUGGGUUUGCAUAUGAACCAAGACUAGCUACACCAGUGACUGCACUACUUGAUCAGUUGACACUUCCCUUUUAAUAACUCACUAUGUUUAGUGAACUUUAUCAUUAAUUCAUUAAUUAAUGAUUUCGUAAUUACUGUGAUGCACUCACUUUGUUUUGACUUUGGAGAUUGGAUGAUUAGAUGGAGAAUAUUAAUGUUGUGUUUGGAGAUCAAAAGCGGUUAUGUUGGUUGGAGUUGAAUGGUUUAUUGAAUG